UUCUCAGUUCAGACUCGAGUGUUUGGUCGCCACUUUGAAUAUUGUCAUCCAAGUAGCAGCAUUUGAACAGUUACAGAAAAUGUUCUCGUACACAAUAGAUCUAUAUCAAUUACUUCAAUUAAUUGUCGGUAUCUUCAUAACAUUCAUUCUGUUCAAGAUAUUGAAACUUUUUCGCAAGAGAUGGACGUUGAUGGAGGCAAUGAAACCUUUCCCUGGACCUCCUUCACACUGGUUAUAUGGCCAUGCACUCGAGUUUCCCGAAGAGGGGGAUGAUUUGAAUAAGUCUGUGCAAUGGGUGAAGAGCUAUCCAUAUGGCCACCAAGUGUGGAUUGGCCCAUUUACAGCGUUCUUAGCUGUGUACCACCCUGACUAUGCCAAGGCAUUGCUUGCAGUUUCAGAACCAAAAGAUGAUGUGGUCUACCGGUUUAUGCUUCCCUGGCUUGGUGAUGGAUUGCUAAUAAGCAGUGGUCAGAAGUGGUAUCGCCAUAGACGGCUUUUGACACCUGGAUUCCACUAUGAUAUAUUGAAGUCGUAUGUGCAGGAAAUCGCAGACUCCACCAGAAUCAUGCUGGACAAAUGGGAACUGCUCAGCACAAAUGUAAAAUCUGUGGAGCUCUACCAUCAUCUGAGCCUUAUGACAUUGGACAGUAUCCUGAAGUGUGCCUUCAGUUAUCACAGCAAUUGUCAGAUUGAAAGCCACAACUCAUACAUCCAGGCUGUGUAUGAUCUGGGUUUCCUUGCCAGUCACCGAUUUAAAGUCUUUCACCAUCACUAUGACCUGAUCUACUACUUCAGCCGUGAUGGAUACCGAUUCCGAAAAGCGUGUGAUCUUGCACAUGAACACACAGACAGAGUGAUACGCCAAAGGAAGGAAGCGUUGAAAGAUGAGAAAGAAAUGGAAAGAAUUAAAGAAAAGAAACAUCGUGACUUCCUGGAUAUUCUUUUGUGUUCAAAGGAUGAAAAUGGAAUUGGAUUAUCAGAUGAAGAUUUACGAUCAGAGGUUGACACCUUCAUGUUUGAAGGCCAUGACACGACAGCAAGUGGAAUUUCUUGGCUUUUGUACUGUCUGGCCCAACACCCAGAACACCAGCAAAAGUGUAGGGAAGAAAUCCAGGAGCUUCUGGAUGGGUGCGAUGAAUUUAAGUGGGAAUACUUGAGUACAAUGCCAUACACCAGCAUGUGCCUGAAGGAGUCUAUGCGGCUAUAUCCUCCUCUACCGGGACUGUCCAGGAAACUGACCAAACCACUUGUAUUCCCCGAUGGAAAGCAAGUUCCUGCAGGUUGUCUUGUUGCAUUAAGCCUCUACUGCCUACACAGGAAUCCAAUGUUCUGGGAAAAACCUGAGGAGUUUGAUCCUUUGAGGUUUAGCCCAGAAAAUUCAGAAAGCAGGCACCAUCAUGCAUACGUACCUUUCUCUGCUGGACCAAGAAACUGCAUUGGUCAGCACUUUGCCAUGAAUGAAAUGAAGGUGGCCAUUGCACUGAUCCUUAAUCGAUUUGAGGUAGAAGUUGAUCAAUCAAAACCACCAAUUAAAGUGUCCCGGCUGGUCCUCCGGUCCAAAAAUGGAAUAUACUUAAAGAUCAAAAAGCUUGAGGGAAAAGGAAAAUCAGGGAAACUUGUCCAAUAGUUUCCUUCUGGUAAUCAAUAAGUUCAAAGUCGCAGCUACAAGAUCAGACCAAUUGAACCGGAAAUGGGUAACAAUAUACAGCAUAUGAUUUGAGACCUUGUGUGAUAAAGUAAAAUGGAUAACAAUGAAUGAGGAGAAUGUAUCAUGACCUCCGUUACCCUCCUUUCACAGUUGUCAGGUCUGUUUGCCUGAUGUGACAAAUAGUUGUUUUUCAUGUUAUUAAUUACAUACAUUUUUACAUUUAAAUUUCUCAAACAGUGAAAGGGAAAAGAGUGAAAAAUAAUAUUUACCCUGAUCAAUUCUGUAGUAUGUACAGCAUGUAUUACAUAAAACUAACUGAUUUUAAGGGAUGUUAACAUAUUGCAUACAUUUGGUGAAUCAUUUUUUACCCGUCCUGCGAGCUCAUCUCAUACAUUAUGUCACAUGGAAUACUGGAUAUCAACCAAUGAUUGUAAAUUUGGAAUUUCAUGUUGUCAUAAAGCACAACAACAAUGCUCAGGUAAUUUAUAACAGUUCGUUUUAUGUGAUACAUCCUACAGAAUUAAGCAGCUAUUUGUUACAUCGUACAAUCAGACUGUCAUACCAAUCCUGUUUCUAUGUCACUUUAUUUUACAUUUGCAUUUAAAGAUUGCAACACAUUAACGGUUGGGUGCAUAGAAUGAGUUGCCAGAGAAAGUAGUUGAGGCAAGUACAAUAACUACAUUUUAAAAAACACGUGGACAGCACAUGGCUUCACUAAUGCAAAUUGAUAAAGUGAAAAUCAAUUAUUUAUUACGCAAACCAUAGUCAUAGAAUCUUGCAGCCUAGGAACAGACCUGUCAGACCAACAAGUUCAUGUCGACCAAGAUGCCCAUUUCAGCUUGUUUUAUUUGCCUCCAUUCAGCCAAUUUCCCUCUAAACCUUUCCUAUCCAUGUACCUGUUCAGAUCAUUUAAAAUACUCAACCUCAACUACUUCCUUUAGCAAUUUUUUCCAUAUCACCCUCUGAGUGAAAAAGUUGCCUGUCGGGGUCCUAUUAUAUUUAUUGCCUCUCAAAUUAAACCUAUACCCUCUAGUUCUUGAAUAACCCCUUAUGAAUUUAUACAACUCUGUCAGAUCACACCUCAUUCUCAUAUGCUCCAAGGAAUAAAGUCCUAGCCUGCUCAACCUUUCCGUAUAGUUCAGGCUCUCGAGUGCUAGGAAAAUCUUCCUAAAUCUUCUCUGCACUCUGUUCAGCUUAAUAGCAUAUUUCCUAUAGCAGGACGACCAAAACUGAGCAAAACCUCAGCUUCCUCCCAUGAAACCAAUUCUCCAUCCAGUCAUCUAGCCCUCCCUGGAUCCCAUGCAUUAACGAGGUGCCAACAUUGAAAUUGAUCUCAAUAUUCCUAGGUCUGUUUCUAUUCCUAGGUUUCUACUGUUCUCCCUUUUAAUUGUUAUCCUCUAUUAGAAUUAUAUAAUGGAUACUACAUGUCAAUAUUCAAAUGGGAAAUGAGAACAAGUAAUUCAGGAAACAAAGCAAAAAAAUGUUGGGGCCUAUUGGUUCUCAUAAUAUGUUCCAAAUUGCCUACAUCGAUAUUUAUGACUUAAAACUAUGCUGGCUGGUUUUGACCAUGUGCAUCCAAAAUGUCAGUCUGAAUCAAGCCUUUAAUUUGAGAUACAUAAUUACAUACCCAUUAGCCCUCUGUAUAAAUAAAUAAGCGAGAAAUGGGUAAUGAGAAGAAUUCACUGUAAGAGGCAACUAUUUUAGACCCACUUCAAACAUAUCCCAUUUCUACCUAGUGACAGUUAAAAUCUCCACAAAGACAUUUGUUUAAAAAAUCACACUGUAAAUGUGCAAAGUUUGUUUAGAUAUUAGUAUGUUUUGUGAGUUGGGGACAAUACUUUUCCGUAUUCAUGCAAUUUCUUCUUUAAUUGUGAGCAUGGUGAGUCAAUAAUAUUAUUUUCCUCCGUUAAUUCUAUGUAUGUAUGUGUGUGUUUAUGCCAAAUGGGGUGUUGCAGAAAGGAACAAGUUAAAUCCUUCAAUCCAGCUGAAGGAAAUGUACUUCAUCAGAUUUAGCGGGAGAUUUUAAUAAACAAAUUAAUGAUACAUAA